GUCAUAAAAAAAUUAUUUUAAUGUUUUGCUUGAUAAAUAUUACAUUAAUAAAAAUAAUUUAAUAAUGGUUAUGUUAACAAGAAGUGCAUUUAAGAAAUCAUUCGACAGUCUUUCAAGCGAUAUAUCGGAGCGAAAUGUAAAUCCCCCUUGGUGUUCCGCAGCAGGAAGAGAACGUCGUACGCCACGUAUUUAUACACCGGCGAGGCAAUUUAAGUCGUCGCACCAAAUACGAGAGAAUAUCUGGGAAUAUCUGAACAAUGAGUAUCCUAAUAGGAAAAAAAAUAAAACAUGCUCGAAGAUAAGGGCUAAGAAUAAUAAAAAUCAUUAUAUGUGGUAUUUCUUUUUGUCCGUCAUCGUAAUAACAAUUUUAUUCUUAAGCUUAAACAAAGCGAUGAAAGACGAUCUACUGCAAACACUCUACGAAAAAGCGAAUCUAAUCUCGUGGGUUGACAGUGGAAAUUUCCGGUUAGAACAGGAAUGUUGUAACAGAAUGCAGCAUUUGUCUCUAGCAUUAGCGAGAGAGAAAUACUUUGUAAGAAACACGAUUCAUACGAGAAGGACACAGUGCUACAGAACAGAAACAAACAGGAACAAGAGCAGUUACAUCGAGGGUUGUAUCGCGGUAAAGGGUAGCGAUACAACAGAGUGGGGCGGCCAUGUUGGUCUCUGGGGCAUACUCCCUUUGUGGUUUGCCGCGCCGCCGCCUCACACAAUACUGGCUUUGAGAAAUCCUACGCCAUCUGAUUGUUGGCCUUUCAGAGGGUCAACUGGAGAAGUUAUCAUACACUUUCCGCGGAAGGCAACAAUAACAAGCAUAAGUCUGGAACAUAUCCGACCCGACACCACCCGCAGUGCACCCAAUCAUUUUAUCGUAUAUGGCAUCCUAGACAACGGAACACGGAUAAAUGCAGCUGAAGGAGUAUACCAGUACAAUAAGCCGGCAAAACAAUACUUCUCAUUAGACAAUAACAAUUCUCCCUUGCAAAGCAUUGUUUUCAGAGUUUUGUCCAACCACGGAAAUCCGAAAUACACUUGCUUAUACAGAGUCCACGUGUAUGGAGUAACAUGAGAGUUAUGAAUAUGUUAUUUAAAUAUUGUAAUGAAGUAGGAAUAAUAAUUAUUAAAAACA